UCAAAGCAGUCUGGGUGUCGGCGCGGCAGCCGAGUGCUUCUCCGCCCGGCCCGGGCUUGUUCGGAUCAGCGGGAAGAGGUUCAUUACGGCGGCGGGGUCUCCAUGUCCGCGCGGGCGGGGCGCCGCUGAUGGAGCGCCGUGGCCCCCUCGCUCUGGCUCUGCUGCUGCUCGGGCUCGCGGCGGGGACGGCAGCCGCCCUGGGCCCCUCCGCGGCGGCCGCAACCUCGGACCCGGAGCGCAGCCCCGAGCCCCCGGCGCCGGCGGCGGAGGAGGAUGUGACUGUCUUCGGCCUGGGCGCCUCGGCCGCCCCGACUUCGGCCGCCGCCGCGGUGCCCUCGCUGGCUACCGCGGAGGUGACGGUGGAGGACGCCGAGGCGCUUCCGGCGGCGGCGGGGGAGCAGGAGGCACGGGAACCCGACCUGGACGACGAGCCGGAGUUGCGGCCGAGCAGCAGGUCCUUGGUGAUUAUCAGUACAUUGGAUGGAAGAAUUGCUGCAUUGGAUCCUGACAAUCAUGGUAGAAAACAAUGGGAUUUAGAUGUAGGAUCUGGCUCCCUGGUGUCAUCCAGCCUCAGCAAACCAGAGGUAUUUGGGAACAAAAUGAUCAUCCCUUCCCUGGAUGGAGACCUCUUCCAGUGGGACCGAGAACGGGAAAGCAUGGAGACUGUUCCUUUCACAGUGGAAUCUCUGCUUGAGUCUUCAUACAAAUUUGGAGAUGACGUUGUCUUGGUUGGAGGCAAGUCUCUUACCACAUACGGGCUGAGUGCACACAGCGGGAAGGUGAAGUAUAUUUGUUCAGCUGUGGGCUGUCGCCGAUGGGAUGAUGAGGACUUGGAGCAAGAAGACAUUCUCCUUCUGCAUCGAACACAGAAAACAGUCAGGGCUGUUGGACCACGGAGCGGCCAUGAAAAGUGGAAUUUCAGUGUUGGCCACUUUGAACUGCGCUAUGUUCCAGAGAUGGAAACCAGAGCAGGAUUUAUUGAAAGUAACUUUAAAUCCAGUGUUAAAAAAGGAGAGUCUAAAAUAAUUUCAGAUGUGGAGGAACAGGAAGCCGCCCUGCAGGACACUGUGAUAAAGGUCUCUGUCACUGACUGGAAGGUUCUGGCCUUUAGCAAGAAAGGUGGACAUCUGGAGUGGGAAUAUCAGUUUUGCACACCAAUUGCUUCGGCCUGGUUGGUUAAAGAUGGGAAAGUCAUUCCAAUUAGUCUCUUUGAUGAUACAAGUUAUGCAUCUGAAAGUGAAAUUCUAGAAGAUGAAGAAGACAUCGUAGAAGCUGCCCGAGGAGCCACAGAGAACAGUGUCUAUUUAGGGAUGUACAGGGGCCAGCUUUAUCUGCAGUCAUCGGUCAGGAUUUCAGAAAAGUUUCCUACGAACCCAAAGGCUUUGGAAUCUGUCAGUAAUGAAAAUGCAAUUAUUCCUUUGCCCACAAUCAAGUGGAAGCCCUUAAUCCAUUCUCCUUCCAGGACUCCUAUCUUGGUGGGCUCUGAUGAAUUUGACAAAUGUCUUAGUAAUGACAAGUUUUCUCAUGAAGAAUAUAGUAAUGGGGCCCUUUCCAUUUUACAGUAUCCCUAUGAUAAUGGCUAUUACCUACCAUACUACAAGAGGGAGAGGAACAAACGGAGCACACAGAUCACUGUGAGAUUUUUUGACAAUAUGAAUUACAACAAAAAUACCCGGAAAAAGGACCCUGUCCUCCUUCUGCACUGGUGGAAAGAAAUUGUUGCGACCAUCCUGUUUUGCAUCAUAGCAACAACUUUUAUUGUGCGCCGAAUGUUCCACCCUAAUCCUCAUAGACAAAGGAAGGAAUCUGAAACCCAGUGUCAGACUGAUAAUAAGUAUGACUCCGUAAGUGGCGAGGGCAGUGACAGUAGCGGGUCUGACUCAAAGUCCUCUGGAUAUACAUCAAGAUAUCUAACAGAUUUUGAACCUAUUCAGUGCAUGGGUCGUGGAGGAUUUGGAGUGGUCUUUGAGGCUAGAAACAAAGUUGACGAUUGCUAUUACGCCAUCAAAAGAAUCCGUCUCCCCAACAGGGAAUUGGCCCGAGAGAAAGUGAUGCGGGAAGUGAAAGCUUUAGCCAAGCUUGAGCACCCAGGAAUUGUGAGAUACUUCAACGCCUGGUUGGAAACACCCCCAGAAAAAUGGCAGGAGAAGAUGGACGAGCUUUGGCUGAAAGAUGAAAGCACCGACUGGCCUCUCAGCUCUCCGAGCCCAAUGGAUGCACCGUCAGUUAAAAUACGUAGAAUGGAUCCAUACUCCACAAAGGAACACAUUGAAAUCAUAGCUCCUUCACCUCAGAGAAGGAAGUCAUUCUCAGUAGGGAUUUCCUAUGGCCAGGAGAGUUCUGAGAGUCAUUUCCCUCCCCUGGAGUUUUCCGUCACUAGUAAUGGGGAUGUGAGUGGCUCAGUGGACCCACUCUUAAACCUGCAGGACAGCUGCCUCACAGACUGCGGCGUCGAAGAUGACACCAUGGACGGGAAUGAUGAGGGCCAUUCCUUUGAACUCUGUCCUUCCAACGGCCUUCCUUACAGAAGGUCCAGGGACAGAACCUCUUCUUCCAUUGUUUUUGAAGACUCUGGCUGUGAUAACACCUCCAGUAAGGACCUCAGACCUGCUGCAUUACACAAUGGUGGCCAGUGUGCACGCAGACUCAGUGCGCUCCAACAGAACGACCGGAAGUUUUCCUCUGAAAGACCUUUGUCCAUCUCUCCUCCAAGACCAACAACCUUAAGUUUGGACCUCACUAAGAACACUGCAGAAAAGCUCCAGCCAAGCUCACCAAAGGUUUAUCUUUAUAUUCAAAUGCAGCUUUGCAGAAAGGAGAAUCUCAAGGACUGGAUGAACCAAAGGUGUACCCUGGAGGAGAGGGAGAGGAACGUGUGUCUGCACAUUUUCCUGCAGAUAGCCGAGGCUGUGGAGUUUUUGCACAGUAAAGGGCUUAUGCACAGAGACCUCAAGCCUUCCAAUAUAUUCUUUACGAUGGACGAUGUGGUAAAGGUUGGUGACUUUGGACUGGUGACUGCUAUGGACCAGGAUGAGGAGGAGCAAACGGUUCUGACCCCGAUGCCUGAUUAUGCCAGGCACACAGGACAAGUGGGGACCAAGCUUUACAUGAGCCCCGAGCAGAUUCAUGGGAAUAAUUAUUCCCAUAAAGUGGACAUCUUUUCUUUGGGCCUGAUUCUAUUUGAACUGCUAUACCCAUUCAGCACUCAGAUGGAGCGGGUCAAGACAUUAAGUGAUGUCAGGAAUCUCAAAUUUCCACCACUGUUUGCUCAGAAAUAUCCUCAAGAAUACACGAUGGUUCAAGACAUGCUUUCUCCAUCUGCCCUUGAGCGACCCGAGGCCACGGACAUCAUUGAAAAUCCUCUGUUUGAGGGCGUGGAGCUCCAGGGGAAAACCUUGCUCAGGCAGAGGUCUCGCUCCCUAAGUUCAUCAGGAAUGAAGCACUCCAGGCAGCCCAGCAAGUAGUGGUGUCCUGGCACCCCGGCCCUCCUUAUUCAGCCGGCCUGUCCCCUGCGACCCUCCCCCCAGCUCCCAGGGUUACAGCCCAACUCGCUUCUUAGACUUGAAAAUCAUGUUCUCGGACCAUUUAAACUUGGCCUCCUCAGGCAGGGCAUGGGAAUGUUGAUCAAUGUUGGCUCUUCAGGAAAGUCCCUUUCACUUUAGUCCCUCGGCCCUGGCUGGCCACUCUUCCCACUCCAAGCAUCUUUUGGGCUUUCAUGUGUUGGGAUCUCUUUAAGCCCCACCACCUGGACUUCAAAGAGAAAGAGAUCCCUAAAUGUAUAGAGAAUGCAGAUAUUUUUAUAGCACAGAAGAAGGUUCCCACGUUCCAUGAUUCUGUUGUUCUAGAAAUUUACUCUGAGGAUAUCAUGGUGAUUUUGAAAGUGGGCUCCCCAAAAGCAGACUCUCUUUUUGUCCUGGUUGGGUCAGUUCGGAAUCUGCACUCCGUACAGGUCAGGUAGCACAAUGAUAGAGAAGCUUCUGUCCAAAGCUAGUUUUCUAGGGGUAUCUGUGGUAUGAGAUGGUCCUAAGCAAAGGUUAAAGGCGGUUAGUUCUUGCACUCCAAUAGAGGGAAAUGAAGCUUUUGAUGUCAAUUGGCCUUAGGCACUAAGGUUUUUUUGAAGGCAAAAAAAAAAAAAAUCUUAGUAAGAAAUGAACAUAUAGUACAGCUAAUUCUUAGAAUUCUGAAAAUUUCCAACCUAAUGAAAUCAUACGUCUUAACCGUAACCUUGUAGAUUGGUACUUUUUGAAACCUGAUUGUAGACUACUGCUUAAUCACCUAACUUAUCUGCCUAAUAUGGUUUUAUUUUUCACUGUAUAUAUGUUCAUUUUUAUUUAUAAAAAUGCUGAAUCAAUCCAUUUGGGUUGGUGGUGUACAGAACACACAUGAAAGUGUGUUAACUAUUGUGACUUCUUUCAAGUCUAAAUGAUUUAAUAAAACUUUUU